CCAUGAUUGCCAGAGCAUUAGACUAUUGUGCUAACAUGAUCUGGUGAAGACAAUACCCAACUGCAUCCUGAGAUAUAUCUUCCUUGGCUUUUUGUUGUCUCUUGAUUCUCGUGAUCGACAAACUGUGACGCCGUCCUCACUUUAUUUAGGCGGGGAAACUUGUAUCAAUUCCUCACGAACGACAAAGUACACCAACAUCCAUAUAUUCAACUCAGACUUUCUCCUCCACCAUGGAUUCAUUACUCAAGCUGUUCUCACUGCAGGGAAAGACUGCGGUAGUCACAGGCGGUACUCGAGGAAUUGGGGCAUCCAUGGCAAUUGCCUUGGCCGAGGCUGGUGCCGACAUCAUUCUUGUUCAGAGGGAUGAAAGUAACAAACAAACCUACGAUGCUAUCAAGGCACUGGGACGUCAAGUCACCAUCGUCACCGCCAAUCUAUCAGACCAAGAUUCCGUCAACAAGAUCAUCCCAGAACUAGUCAGCCAAGGUCAUCAAAUGAAUAUCCUAUUGCUCUCAGCAGGAAUCCAACGUCGCCAUCCAGCCCACGAGUUCCCUUUGUCUGAUUGGGCGGAAGUACUACAAGUCAACCUGACAACCAACUUCACACUGGCCCGCGAUUUUGGAGGCUAUCUGCUAUCCAAACCAACCCCUCCAGCGGGAGUCUCGCGAGGCAACAUCAUCUUCGUCGGUUCACUACAGUCGUUUCAAGGGGGCAUCACUAUCCCCGCUUACGCGUCCUCCAAGGGCGGCAUCGCACAGCUGACAAAGGCCUUGAGCAAUGAAUGGGCAUCAAAGGGCGUGCAGGUCAAUGCCAUUGCCCCCGGCUAUGUGGCGACGGAUAUGAACGAGGCUUUGAUCAACAACGAGACAAGAGCGAGGCAGAUCCUGGAGAGAAUUCCUGCCGGUCGCUGGGGUGUGCCGGACGACUUCAAGGGUGCUGUCGUCUUCCUCGCAGGGAAUGCAUGUAGAUAUGUAAGUGGGGAAUUGCUAACGGUUGAUGGAGGUUGGAUGGGCCGGUAGGAGGCGCAGUUCCGAUUAUGCAUCAAAAAACGAUAUAGCCUACUGAAGGAGGGAAGAAUGGAGAGAUGUCUCCCUGAUGGAAGACCGCUGGGAUAUCAAUAUGGAUAUCAACAUGUGGAAUCUCGAGAGUUGAAAAGACCGAGGUUGCGAGUUUGACGUGUCACAACGUGUCAUUUGAAGACCCUCGGAUUAUCAUUCUUCCUCUCCAUCAAAAUCCCCCAGAUUUCAAAAGAACUUCAUUCUUCUUCUUUCUCUUCACAUCAUCCA